CGAAAUUAGCCAUACCUUUCGCCCACUGCAAAUCUUUGUUCAAGUUAUUAUGGUGUGCUGUGAGGAAGUAAUCUUCCUCGUACUGCUGUUGUUGUUGCUACAAGGACAGAACUUGAUGGCGGAUGCAAUUUUGUCACCAGUGGACUUCCUCGUCUUGUCAUCAUCGAAAUCCUACCAGUAAUGUCCGAUAGAAGAUGGUUCCACCCAAAUAUUUCUGGAUUAGAGGCAGAACAACUUCUUCUAGAGAAAGGACAAAAUGGCAGUUUUCUUUGCAGACCAAGUGAAAGUAAUAUUGGAGACUUUACGUUGUCUGUAAGGCGUGGAGAGCAAGUUACACAUGUCAAAAUAAAAAAUAAUGGAGGGAGAUAUGAUUUUCAUGGAGGAGAAGUUUUUGCAUCACUUACUGAGUUGGUCGAGUAUUAUAUGGAGCAUGAGCUCAAGGAAAAAACUGGGGAGGUUAUACAUUUAAUGUAUCCAGUUAAUGCACAAGUACCAACAAAUGAAAGGUGGUAUCACGGAAUGAUAAGUGGCAAAGAAGCUGAAAGGCUGUUAUUGGAUCGAGGGAAGCAUGGUUCCUUCCUUGUCAGAGAGAGUGUUAGCAGCCCAGGGGAUUAUGUCUUGUCUGCAAGAAUGGAUGAUGACAUUAAGCACAUUAUGAUACGUCGCAACAAUGGCUUUUUUGAUGCCGGAGGAGGGCCUACGUUCCCGCAGCUAGCUGAUUUGAUUGACAACUACAAAAAGAAUCCGAUGGUGGAAAAGAUUGGUGGGACAGUGGUACACCUAAAAGCGCCGUUUAACGCUACCAGGGUAACUGCGACUGAGAUUGCAGACCGUGUGAAAGAAUUGAUGAAAGACAACGCGAUAGUGCCGGGAAAAAGUGGAUUCUGGGAAGAAUUUGACCAAUUGCAGAGAGAGGAAGACCGUCAUUUAUACACGAGAAACGAAGGACAAAAGCAAGAAAACAAGUCGAAGAACAGAUACAAAAAUAUUUUACCAUUUGAUCAUACUCGUGUGAAAUUAUCAGAUGUCGACCCUGAUUUACCCGGCAGUGAUUACAUUAACGCGAAUUUCAUUGACGAAGAUACAGGCCUGAAGUACAUCGCCACUCAAGGAUGUCUGCCAGAAACCGUUGAUGAUUUCUGGAGAAUGGUUUAUUUUCAAGACUGUCAUAUUAUACUAAACGUGACGAGAGUUGUUGAACGACAAAGGACCAAAUGUGCAAAAUAUUGGCCAGAUGUUAAUCAGACUUUAGAAGGAAACAGUUUUGAUGUCAAAUCUAUCAGCGAAAAAGAAACUCCAGAGUACAUCUUUCGGGAACUAGAAGUUACAUACAAAAUGCCUCGAAGUGAAACGAAGAGGGUUCGCCAAUAUCAUUAUACUGGUUGGCCUGAGCAUGGAGCUCCUCCCGAUCCCGGAUCGGUCCUAGAGGUCUUGCAUGAUGUAUGCUUAGGAAACCGGAAUCAUCAUGGACCCAUCGUGGUUCAUUGCAGUAAUGGCAUUGGACGAACUGGUACUUUCAUUGUUAUCAAUAUUUUGCUGGGCAUUCUUCAAAAACACGGUCUUGAUGCGCAAAUCGACAUUCCUAAAACAAUCCAACUUGUGAGAUCACAAAGAUCAGGGCUGGUGCAAACGGAGACUCAGUAUAAAUUUAUUUACCUCGCAUUGGAACAUUAUGUGGAAACCGAAAAGAGGCGUCAGGGAAUGUCAGCACCAAGGCCUCUAGAUUUUGGGAUUGGCCCUCCAAGUCCACAUUAUGGUUCAGGUAAAAGAACACAUUUUUCAACGGGGGAUGCAGCCCUUGGAAAUGAGAGAAUUCCUGGAAGCAUUGACAGGAGAUUUCAACCAAAUGACCCACCGCCACCAGUUCCAAUGCGAAGGCCGGUCCGCGGUGACGUCACUUCCGCUGAAUCAACCCACGAAGCAGCCAAUGGUUUUACAGAACCAACAGAGGAAAAUGCUCCCCCGCCUAUCCCAUCAAAGGACACUGCCCCACCAAUACCGCCAAGGACGACUAGAUAGCAAAGCUGUGAGUCUUUGUCGAUAAACGUAAAACUUGAAUCAAACGACUGUCGUUUAUAUAUAACAUUUUCUAUUUCUUUUGAUAUUACUUCAUCGAAUGAAGAAAAUUUUCAAAUUAGGAUGGCAGUGUUCACAGUUUUGCUCGUGUUUCGCAGAAGUUCAAGUAUGCUUCGACUUAUGGAUUAACCUUUUGCUACUAUCCGUGAGAUUCACUUUUUGUAAGGGCCUAUUGUUAACCUACAACCAUCUGUAACAGCAGGCUUAUUUAGGCUUGCGUUUAUAUGCCAAUCAGCUAAGAUAGCAAACCUCCAUUUCAUGUGCGAAGGAGCAUGGCCAUCGCAGUGCUUUUGCAGGAUCAGGAAUCGUCAGAAUGAAAAGCAUCGAAAAUCAAACAUUCUAUACCUAACAGAAUGUUUGAAUGAAAAAUAUCAAGCUUUUUGCUAGAGCAAUCCUUGAAUUUAUGUGCAUAAUGGACAAUAAAAGGAUUGAUCUAGGCCCUUAGAGAACCAAACUAAUGUGGUAUGAUAUUUGUAUGUUAUUUUGUAUUUUAUGAAGAUUAAAGUAUGCGUUUUUCUGAUAUUGUAAUGUAGUAACAAGAGGAUGCAUCAGCUGCAGAGUGUUAGCCUCAACCAUGCAUACUUGUGUGAUUACCAUUUUUAUCAUACGUAUUUUGUGAUUUAUCUAUGUCUUCAGUUUUGUAAAAUGCUUAGAUAUAGAUGAGCCUUCAUUUAGAUUUC